AUGGCCGGCGGUGAUGCCAAGAAGGGUGCCAACCUCUUCAAGACGCGCUGCGCGCAGUGCCACACCGUCGAGUCCGGCGGCGGCAACAAGAUUGGCCCUGCCCUGUAUGGCCUGUUCGGCCGCAAGACCGGCUCCGUCGAAGGCUACACUUACACGGAUGCCAACAAGCAGAAGGGCAUCACCUGGGACGACAAGACGCUCUUCGAGUACCUCGAGAACCCCAAGAAGUACAUCCCCGGCACCAAGAUGGCCUUUGGCGGCCUCAAGAAGGAAAAGGACAGGAACGACCUGAUUGCGGCAAAGGAGUUUGCUAACAGCAGCAACAGCUUCCUCAAGCAGUCUACCGCUUAA